UAAAUGCUUACAUUUUGUUCUGCCUGGUAACAAACACUCCAUAGCUUUAUUUAGACUGUCUCUGGUCCUUAUGUAAGUAUAAUCCCUAUGAAAAUCAGUUUUAGCUACAGUUAAGAGCCCUAAGGCAACCCUGAGGAUAGUUAAUAGGCUAACAGUUUAACUGUAGUAGUGACUGAUUUCAGGGGGAUUAUACUGCAGUUUUACAUCAUCAUUCACGGUUUAUACAAGGAGUGCUUGUUCUGUGAAAUGGAGUGCCUCAGAGCAGUAGUAUCUUUGAGGUGCAGACAUUACUUAUCAGUAUAUGCAGGAGAGGCAGUUUCAUGGAAACAGAUGCAACGAAUGUUUUUAACCGACACAGCACUUGACAGACCCUUUGGAAAUACAACCCUCUUAGGUCCUCCAUCCCACUGUUCUAGUUCUGUUGUGUGAUUGUUUGCACCUCUUCCUGAACAGAAGGAUUUGCUUCUGGUAGGUAAUGUUUGACACUUUACUGUUUGAGAAAAACAGACAUGAUUCUGUGCCCAGAAAAAGAAGUGGCAAAGCUAAUAUUUGGUCUUGGUUCAGCAUGGUGAACUUACCACCAUUAAAACAUCUUGCAACAGUGAUCUCUGUAUUGUUCAGCUGAGUCUCUGAACAUGUGCGUGCUUUGGGACCUCACCUGCACCUCAGCUUGUAUUCUACCUUGCUGAAUCUGGCUGUAACAGAAUACCAGACUAUGAAUUAAGCAUUCAAAUUCUCUCCUGUGCCUAGGGAAAGGCGGUUAGCUUGUCUCAUCCUCCUAUGAACAUGCCUCUCGCCUGCUGAGUGCUUUAGAGAGAUGUUCAGGAGCUCCUGCAUUUGCCAUUUCCAAUUCUGUGGUGUUCCCUCAGUCAUGCUAGAGCAGCUUUUUGCACAGCCACACAAAAACAAACCAGCCAGCAAGAGGUAUAUUUAGCCAGCAAUAGAGCUGAGGGGCUUAUGCACGCAAAGUAAUGAGCAAACACAACACAAAGAGGGAUUUUGUAUGUGGGAACUGAUUAAACUGGCAUGACUCAGCCAUGGGAAAUGUCUGCAUGAAGAAAGGGAAUCCACAAAAGCCAGUAGGCAUAUUAUCCUCUUUUCUCUCAAAUGUUUUUUACCUAGUGAGUUUUUCAAGGAUGCUGCUCCUUGUGUGCCAUCUGCAGUACAAGCUAUGGUUUCCAUCCUUUUGAUUAUUCUUUUUUUAGCUUUUGUUUGACCUGUUUUAACAGUGAUGGCCACUGCUGUGCAUGAUGUGUGCCUACAAAGCCUUGCACAUGUUGAAGGAGCCUGUUUCUCUCCAGAUUUCUCAUGCUAUUCCAUAACAAGGACAGAAGCUGGGAUAUUUUACCUGAAAGAUACCAUGCAACCAAGACCCCCGUUGGCUCUAUGCUUUUGUCUGGAACACAUAUUUUCUGAAAAGGCUUGACAUCAAAAAAGUGUUUAAACAAAUCUUAAAAUAUGUCACCAUUUAAAAAAAAAAAAAUACAGUCGCAUCUGAAAAAGUAUUAACCUUUUUUGCUGCCUGCAACCUGCUGAGUCAGUUGUUCUCAAAAUGUACCCAAGAGACCACACAAAUCAAGUAGCAUAUGUUGACUCAGCUGAGUCCUCUAUAGGAACAACAUUAUCUUCUUGUUUUUCUUCAAGGUUAUUGUGUUUUGAUCAUCUACUGCAGAGUCUUCAGUGUAGAUCCCUUUACUUCUAAAAAAGCCAUCUUCACAGAAACCACAGUUUAGAAAGCUGCUGACCUGAGUUUCCUGUGAAGUCUAGGUGUUACCUCUGAGAACAAGGAUUGAAAACAGAAUUUCCUUCUGUAUGAUUUAGAGAAGAUGCUUAUGAGAUACUUCAGUGUGUAGCUGUAUAAGCGUCUUCUACAUUUGACUUGAAGAAUCAUUACUUGAACACUCAGUGCAUGUGCUGGGUGCAUCUCCAUAAACUGCUCAGCACUGAGGGAGUUAACACUGCCAAUGCAACAGUAUUUGCCUACCAUGUUGUUGAAAUCUUGCAGGAAGGUCGGAAAAUUUGAGUAAGGGGCUAAGCAGAUCUGUCUUCAGCGCUCUAGGCUACCACUGGGUGAACAGCAUUAGAGGGAGGAAUUUUUGAUGUGGCAAGUAGGAGUGAAAUGUCUGUAUUAGAAAGGAAGCAACUCCUUGUAAAAUUAUAAAAGUAGUUUAAAAUAAUAUGGAAUAGCUUUUUUAUUGCGGAAAUGAGAUACUUUACUGUCACACUAAUGGUGCUAUAACCCUCUUUCUGUCCUUAGGUUAGCUAAAGUGCUUGACAUACAAAUGUUAGCGAGCAAAUCAAGUUGGUUACUGAUUCACACUUACUUAAACAGGCAAAGUGGGAGGUAAGGGUUGCUUAUCCUUUCUAAGUGAAGUUAAGAUCUCUUUUGCUGCCAGCACUGAGAUUGCUCCACUUCUAACUGCAGCACUGCAAUUCUUUGAAUGUGAGAAGGAUUCACAAAAAUAUAAUGAAUUCCUUUUCUCUAGGAGUCUUUCUUCCUAAAUCACCAGCAACUGAAAAAAUGAACAGUUAACUCAUCUGAAAAACUAAAGUUGCACAGAUCUUUGCAACAUUGCUAUGUUUUUAGGAUAAUGACGCUGGAUUGCACCUCCCCACCCUUGCCCUUUGUGUUGCUGUAUCCAUUUAUCCCUUUUCCAUCCUAUCUCUUCAGAGUCAUGGCUUCUAGGUCCAGUCCCUCCACAGUUCCACAGUGAAUGUGCCAGACUUCAUCUAGAUCAGUGCUUCUCCCUCUAUCAUACAUGCAUAUAUCUAAAUUGUAAGUAUGAAAAUACUUUCAGUUUGGUGUGCCUGCCAACAAGAUUUCCCUGGAGCAUAUAAAACCACCUUGCAGGUAAACAUAGUUGUGGGUAGCUGGCUAAACCUGCUACUCUCAAUUUGGUUUUGCUUUGGUGCUGGCAGAGCAGUAGUUCAAAGCCCUGGAGUGCAAGGCCCACUUGUGGUGGUUUUUCAUAUACUGCCCUUACACGUAUUAUUUGUAUUUUCCACUAAAGAUGCCAUGUGCAGUUGCCUUUCCUCAGGAAAAAGUCUCGCUAAGUCAAGUCAUUGGCUCUUUAAUCUCCCUACAACUGAAUGUUUCAUUAUGGAGUGAUAAUUUGUACCUACUCAUUUUUAAGCCAAUCAGUGUGCAAUACCACGUUAUGUGGUUUCCAUUUGCAUGUUCUUUGACUAAGUCCCUGCCUACAUUACAGGAGUAUGAGAAAAUAAAACCUUACUACAACAGGCUGAUAACAUAUACAACUGUAAAAAUAAGUAACAGAAGGAGAGAAGAAAAGGGUUAAGUGAGAGCCUGUGUUUACUAGGAUGGCUCUUGAAAUAAGUUAGAGAACUGAGGACAUGCAGAGCACCUGCUUCCAGCAGCAAGCGCUGCAGGAGAAGUCUGCAUUGGUGAAAGAAAAUGAUGUAGAAGAACAGAAGGCAAAGCAGUGCAUGUGCUGAGGGGUAAGGUCUGAAGCAGAUGAGAACAAAACUGUAGUGAGAUCUGAAAACAGCACUUAUUCUGAAAAACCUCACUCUGACCAAUUUCUUAGGUUUUGCAAAACUGUUUUGUUUAGGAGUUAUUCAAAGUAAAAAGAGAUGCAUUUAGUAAAUCAGCAUCUUUAAGUGAAUUCCCAGAACACAUGCUUAUUGGCAAAGAAAAGUACUGGCCUUAAAAAAACCUAUGUGAUCCAAUAAUCUCUUAAGACCUUGACAGCUGCCUGAAUGCAGCAUUAGCACUGUCUGGGGAAAUAAUUGGAGAAAUGUGGGGAGUCUUAGAGGAAACUAUAUCUUACAAAGAGAGGGCAGUUUACAGAGAAAGUAAUUUUAAUGUAAGUUUCACAGAAAUUUCACAGAAUAUUCUGAAUUGGAAGGGACCCACAAGGAUUAUUGAGUCCAGUUUUUAACUGAAUGGCCCAUACAGGAAUCAAAUGCACAACCUUGGUGUUAUUAACACCAUGCUCUAAGCAGCUGAGCCAAUCUCGGGAUGGAUUCUACUGCACCAAAUGGGAAGUGUUUUCCAUCCUAUUUUCAAAGUUCCAGUGGCAAGUAGCCUGGGAAAGAAAUAAAAAAGAAACCUAUAUUCUCCAGCUCUACUGUGCACUUGCUCAACAAUCAUGAAGUCAUGUCCUAGACCAGAGGCAAAGAGACAGCCAUGGGAUGACACAACACCCAACCUGGAAAAUUCUGAUUCCAAACAGAAUCUAAGGACCACUGCAUAGGAUUGAGGAUGUUCUUCAGCACAAUCCAUUGCAAAUAGCAGUUGCAGAGUUCUUGAAUGAAUGAGAGGAGAAAGGUGACAAUACAUCUGUAUGUUCUAUUAGUAAGAGAGCCAUUAUAAUACAGUGCUGCUUUUAAAAGGAUGUUGGAAAAUCUGGAAGAUACAGCAGUGGUAAGAAUGAUUCAUGGUCUGGAAAAACCUGAUUUUCAAAGAGCAGUAAUAGAAGUUCAUUCCAUUAAGUUUAACAAACAUAAAGUUAAAGAUUACUUAAAUUUUGGCUACAAUUACCAAUACAAGGACAGAUUGUCUAGUAUUUCAGCACUUUCUAAUUUAGUUAUCAUAUGAAACCACUGCACUGCAAGCCUGAACUCUUUGCACCAUAAGAGGUGCAGGGAAUCCUGACUAGACUUGGUGCUGUGGGAAAGGCUGAUCUUGAGUGUAUUUGUCAAAAAAUUUGCUGGCACCAUGGAUGAUGGAAGAGACAUAAUACUGACUUUAGAAACUUCACAGAUGUUUUUUUAAAGGAAUCCAGCAGUAAUAGGUGUUAGACCUAAUCCAGACCACACAAGGUCUAUCUGUUAUCAAAUGAGAAAGACAUAUCUUAAUUGCAUUCAGCAUCAGUUCUGAAGAUGCCAAAUUUGGUGGGCAGCCCCUUUCAGAAGAGAGCUGUUGUGACACUCUGUGAUAAGAAUGCACACUAGACUAAAGGCACCAUAACUGACUUCGAAGAAGCAGUCUGAAAGGUCAGUUUUCUAGUUCUAGGGCUAUUUUUACCUUAAAAAUCUCAGGAUAAGCUUGCUUCCCCAGAGCUCCUGCUAGCAGGAAAUAGCAUUAUGGGUUAUACUCUCUGAGUAGUAACCAAUGUCCUGUGUAUAGUCAUGUGCCAUGCUAGUCAAACAGAUCAAGUUGUUGGAGAUUUUCUUCCUUAAGGAAUUAUACAAAGACAUUCUACCAUAACCCUCCAAGAACAAUUACUUUGUUCUGAAACUCUUAGGAAACAAAAAAUCACAAAAUUCAGUUAAUCUUCCUGCUUAAUAUAUGGGACAUAAAUUCAGCAGAACAAUUCAUUGUGAUGUGAAAAAGUAUUCUAGGUACUUCUGAGUACAGGAUAAGAUCCCUUGCUCUACCAGAUUUAGCAUUACAGGAGAUGCUUUCCUAUUCUUGCAGUGAUAGGCAUUACUCUGUAUAAAAUCUGAGGAAGGGAUGGAGAUCCCACAACAAAAAACGUCCACAAUUAAGGGGAAAUUACAGGGCAAUUAUGCUAACUUUAAGCAGCUGGAAAGCUUUGGUUGGCUUAAAGUAACAUUUCUCCCAUAACCAGCAGCUCUUCCAGGUUUUUCAGCGCUCACUGACCUGUUACUGCUUACUCUCCCACCCACCCAGUGGUUGCCCCAGCAAAAUAUCAGAAAGCUUACUUUGAUAUUUUUUAAAACCAUGGAAGCUCUGGACUGCAGAACCAGCUGCAAGAGAGGUCCAGGCACAGCUAUAAAUGUCAUGCUUCAGAGCACAGCAAAGCAUUCCUGGCAGUGGCCAUGCAUUCUCCUGCAGAAAAUGGAGCUGGAAAUGGAGAGCCAGAAUUUUCACACUGCUGUUGACUAAACAGAUGCUGUCCAUAUGUUGGAUGCAUCAACUAGCUGGGGCCUAGGAAAAACUGCAAUAGUUCCAGCUUCCCUUUUCUCCCAUCCAGUGUGGACACAGUAAGUAUCACAGGUGCUAAAUUAAAGAAGAGGAUAAACAAAGAGAUAAGCAGCCGUUCAAGGGUGAAACCAUUUCGGAAGUGAUGGUGGUAAUUCAAGAAAUAUUUAGCAAUGGCUUCAGGCUUCACUUCCCAGACCUUUAUUCUCCUAAGCAAAGUUUAUUCUUUCACAUGAUGGACUCUGUUAACCAUACACACACAAAGUUCUUGUAUAACUAACCUGAACCUUCGACUUUAAAUGCUCUGCUAAGUCCCUUACAAGCCCCCUUUCUCUUGAGGCAGAAGAUACGUUAUACUCAGUAAUGGAGCAAAACAACAACAAUGUAGAAGAUUUUUCCUUGAAUGUCUUUUCUGUCACUCCUUGUCAGCCAAAUAGAUCUGAUGCGCUAGUGUCAGAUGGGGAUAAAGCUGGCACUACUCUGCUCUUUUCAGGUGUGUUUUUGGGGCUGGUGGGGAUCACUUUCACCGUGAUGGGAUGGAUAAAAUACGAUGGCAUUACUCACCUGGAAUGGACUCAGUUACUGGGGCCUAUUCUGCUUUCUGUCGGGGUGACUUUUAUUCUGAUUGCUGUUUGUAAAUUUAACAUGCUUACAUGCAAGCCCUGUAAAGAAAGAGAGGAAAAUACAUCAGAACUCGACCAGACUGCAAGCGGGCAGUCCUUUGUCUUCACCGGCAUUAACCAGCCUAUAACUUUUCAUGGUGCCACAGUGGUACAGUACAUCCCUCCACCAUACCCAUCCCAGGAAGGCAUUCCUGUGACUCCCAGCUACCUUCACCCAGUGCUCAGCUGCUGCAGUGCUGUUUCCUCCAGUGCUUCUCCGAUUCCCACCCCAGGCUCUCCUCACUUCUGCCCUGCUUACCCUCUGGAUAACCUGGCUUUUACUGGAGAUGAGAGCUACACCACUUAUCCUGCAGAGAAUACCAGGAAUCACAGGUCAGAGGACAGUUCUGAUGAGCCAGAAGAACUGGGGGAAGACUGUAAUAACUUGUUACCUCCACCUUAUGAAGAAAUAUACCCACUGUCUUCGUAAAAUCACCAUGGACAACAGAUGACAAUUCUAAGAAACACCAACAUGAAUCCCAGAAAAUCUUUUCUUUAAGCACUUGUGUGAUAAGCAAGUGUGAGCAAGAUCUUGGUACUGCUACGCAGUUCAGUAUCACUGAAGAUAUUUGUCCAAUCCCUUCUUUUUCUCUGUCAAAAUUCAUUAGCCCUUUGUGAUGCAGUUUAAUAACAGAGCUAUUAAUUAUUUAAUAGCAAGGCUAUUAAACUCAAGGAUCUAAAUCCAUAUUAGGACUCCCUAGUAAGAAACUUGAUUUUUAGACGUGCUGAAAGCAGUGUGAACUGUAAGAUGUUUGUGGAAGGUCAUGAUUGCUCCUGGAUAUUCAGCAUCACUGGAAAACAUUUGAUUUAUUCUUGGUAUAUUUUUACUCUUGAUUGCUUGGGAAACUGCAGAAGUGCUCAAGUCUGAUCCAUGAAAGUGCAUAUUAUAUCUUAAUUCUGUUGGAUUCUUUAGGCUAGCUUACUCAUUAAUAAGUCCAGUCUACAGAUUAGGCUCCCUCUGUUUGGUUUAUCUGCACAACUCAGUCCUGUAGGCAUUUUUGGAGCACUCUGCUUGAACCAGAGCAUCUUAGAACAGAGAAAACACAAAUAGUGACCUCUGCCCGCUUUACACAGAUCUCUAAGAGAUCUUGCCUGUGUCAAAUUCAGUUCCCUUCCCCACCUGCUGGGAUGCAAAGCACUGUCUCCCACGAGGAGUCUAAAUAAUAACUAGUAGGUUAAUGUGUCUACAGAAAACGGCACCUUUCUGAAGCCUUGGCAGGGGUGUGUGGUCCUGCCACUGUCAAGGACUGACAAUCACAGCUUUUGCGUGCUGCACCCUCGCUCUGUGGUAGAGCACACAACUCAGUCUGUAGGGAUUAUGGGAUGCAUCAACUUUCUCUUACUUGUCAACACAGCUGUCUCAGCUCUGGCCAGAUUUCAUCUAUCUGUCAUUGAUCUCAUUCCUGAGGGCUGGAAAAGCUUGGCGCUUGAGCACAGACAGUUGCACACCAAACGGAUGUAUCUGACUGCUGGAAGUCAUGCAGCCUCCCUAGGCUCUGGAUGGAAAGGUGCAUUCAGAAUAUUGCCCAUUUGCAUGAAGCUGCAAGUGCACACCAACCUCCUUGUCCUGUAUACUUAGAGCUUGCCAAGAAAUAAAGCAUUUUUGGAGAGACACAAGCCAACCACUGCACUCCACAGUGGUGGACAAGACACUAACAGAGGUCAUAUUUGGGUCACAAUAUGUAAACUGACUCAAAGCUGGAUUAACAACUGAAGCAGCAGCUACUGAACAGUGACUACGAACUAUGUGCGGGGUUUUUCUCACUAGAGAAAUACGGGGCAUGCUGGUUUUCAGCAGUGAUGGAUGGAGUUAGCAGGUAGGCACGUGUGGUUGGAGAAAGGGAGGCAUGCUGUUUUCAGUAUGAUCUCUAUGGGAUUGAGUGAGAGAACAGAAGAUCUAAAAAUAAAUGCAAGUUUCUUUUAUGGAAGUCUCUUGCUCCUCUUCCAGAAUUUACACGGAGGUGAACUCAUCCUCCCUCCACAGCAGGAAACUGGAAGGUCCCAAAUCCCCAGUUAGUUCCACAUGGACAGAUCCCUGCACUUAGCACGUAGUUCUGCUGACUCCAGCAAGCACUGCUAUAGCACAGAGGUCAGGCUUGAUGGAUCCAAUUGCAGGACUAGGGUCAAAAUUUCUACUCGGUCACCCUCCCCCACAACAGGAACAUUCCUUCUAUCAGAAACCACAGACUUCUCCUGCUGCUCUGCCCCCCCAUAUAUAUGGCAGUUUUCUGCUGUGGAGGGAGGAUGAGUUCACCUCCGUGUAAAUUCUUACAUCAAAUUAUACUGUCAGAGUAAAUUAAAAAACCUAGAAGGUUGCACUAUGGACUUCAUAUUUAUUUUAAAGUUUAUUUCUGUAGACUCUAAAUUUGUUGAAAGAGCCCUCGGUUUCUUUUUAAAGAGAAGACUGAACACUGAAUUUAAAUAGCUACAUAUUAAAAUUAUC